AUGGAGGACCAAUUAGAUCAGUUUGACAAUUUGAAGGAGAAGAUGGAGGAAUUCUCCAAGCAGAUUCAUGUACUUAUGAAUAACAAGAUGAAUUCUGUUUUCCGUACAGUACAAACGUUUAAAGAUGAAAUGAAGGAAUUGAAUCUGGAGCAUCAGAUUCUUAUUGGUAGAUUGGAUAAAUUACAGAAGGAGCAAGAAGGGUUGGAGAUUGAAAUUCAAACAUUCAAGAACGAUACGGACGAGGCACGUACCAAGUUUGAAAGUUAUCAGAUUAGAAAGAGACAAUUGGAAAUGCAACAUACUGCUCUGCUUACGGAAUCCAGCGAGUUGGAUGGGAUGUUGCAAGAGAAGGAGAAAAAAAUCAGUCAAUAUAAGGAAAAAUUGCAAAGUCAACGUCAAAGAGACCAACCAGAGGUGAAAUUAUACGAGAAAUUACUUGGAAUGCAGAUUGAUGCGUCACAAGUAGGGACUCUGUUCUUCAAGUUCGAGCAUUUUGACGAUAAGGACAUGGCUCGGUCAUGUAAUUUCACGCUUGACGUCUCAGGAGAACGGUUCCAAGUGUUGGACAGCUCCCCCGUCUUGGACAAGAGCUCAGAGACGACACCAUUGGAAGAUAUAUUGAACCAGGGAGGAAACUUGCCCUUGUUCUUGGUGUCUAUGAGAGAUAAGUUGAUCUCCCGUGCUCGAUGA